AUGAAAUACAUAGCAAUUCUUCUGUUGAUUCUUGCCUUGACAAAUGCAACAAACAUGAGAUAACAUAAGAAACACAAAAAAACAUAAAAUGUUGAAAACUUGGUUGAACUUGAUUCCAAAUUUGUGGGAGAAGCAUAAGACCUUAGUAGCAAUGUUGGAGUCAUUUCAGUAACAGAGGAAACAAAUAAUGAUUUUGUGAAGUAGAACAACAUCAAGAAGGCUGAAACAAAGGAAAGAAAUGCCGUAAUGAAUGCAAUUAAAAAAUCCAAAUCACACAAAUCCUUAAUUUAACUUAGUGAUAAUGAAAUAUAUGUAGAGGAGACCUUGGAUCAAACUCCAUAGAAGGAGAUAAACUUUGCAGAUUUAUUCACAAACGAUGGUUCAUCACCAGAUAUGGGAAAGCAAGCAAUAAUCGAAGACUCUCCAAGUCCCCCUAUGGUUCAUUUAACCCAAGACGAAAAUUUGGAUUAUGUGAGAGCCAUCGAUAAGUUAGAUUUAUUAGAUGAGAAUGGUCAACCAUUAUAAGUAUUGCCUGAAGAGUAGACACUUUUAGAAAUGAGACAAUUUGAAAGCAGAUUUUAAUAGGAUGAAACUCCAUAAAUGGAUGCAGCACCAUCAUGGGAUUUAUAAAGUGCCUAUGAGAAGACUCCGGGAUAAAGCGAAUUAUCACCUGAAGAAUUGUAGAGACAAACUGAUUAGAUGGUCGAUAGUUUGAGAGGAGAAUUGGAAGAUGAAAAUAUUUGA